GUCGUCUAAAUAGCGAGAAAACUAAAAGGGACUUUGAAACGUUAAGGUGUUAGCUUGUAAAGAAACGAAACGUCAUGAAGUUUCUUUGUCUAGAGUUGAAAAAUAGCUAAUCUCUGUUUCAUUCUCUCCUCGGGCGAACCGGACCUGGCACUAAGCUGAAAGUCUGAAACAAACAAACAAUUGGAUUCCAGAGUUCGUUCACAAUCAUCGCAUGGGGGCGUCAGAUUCAACGCUAUUAGGCGCUCAGGAGAAUAGAGGAGGUGGAGAUGUGAUAACGACCAUCUCUCAACGAUCCGAGAAAGUGGAUCCCAUUCUCGAUAAUCUUAAAUCACUCACAGUUAGUAGGCCAAUAUUGAAGUCAGCUGCUCCGAGGGAAAGUAGCUUAACAGAUAUAUUGGUGAGGAAAGCUUUAUCGAGCUCCUCUUCCAAAGAUACGGUGGAUCCUCAAAUACUUGUUGAACUUUUCUCCAUUUACCGUGAAUGGCAAGACAGCAAAGCUCAAGAUAUUACCAACAGACAGGAAGAUAUAGAAAACAAGAUUGAAGUGGCAGAUGCUUUGGCCUCUAAACUUCUACAGAGGUUUAACCACUCCGUUUCUGCUAUGAGGACUACUUCCCACCAUUUAUCUCAAGUUCAUGGCCUGCAGGUGGAGCUUGGGGAGCUUAAAGGAAGGUUGACUGAGGUGAUCAACAACUGCGAUUCAUUGUGUAAAAGAAUAAAUUCUGAGGGACCUGAAUCUCUUAGGUCAACAGUCACUCCCUUUGUUCUUGCACCACCUCCUGAUUCGGUCAGUAGUAGUACUACUCUCUCUUCUAAACAAGAGCCAUAAGAGUCAAUAAUCUUGUGUCACCAUUGAUAAGAUUGGCUGAAUACUUCUCACUAGUCUUUGAUUUUGCAUAAAUGCAAGAUGAUGGCUCUACUGCUCUUCACGCUUUCAGUACUUGUUUUGUUAGUUUGUUUUCCGUUUUGUAUAAUCGCUCGUGAACAAUAGGAAGCCAGUUGUUAUGACGUAGGAAAAUUCAUAUGUUAUAUUCUCUUUGAUACAAAAUCCACAGUGUAUGAUGAUUUGCAGUUUAUUGA